AGUAGUAUAGUAGCCGUAAGAAACUGUAAUGAGUGCCACAAUAUGGCGGCCGCUGUGACGUAUUGGAGGUCGGGCAUCUAUAGUUGUCUACGCUUUUGGUGACGUACUUCCGAUCCGGUCCGUGCUCGGCAAAUGUCUUUUGGGUUCACUUCCUGUUCCAUCCACAACAGCGGGAAAAUGGACGGACGCAAGCACUGGGGCGCUUACAACGACGACACAGAGAUGGGCAAUUAUAAUGAAAUGGAUAAUUUCCACUUUUACAACGAGAGUGAUAAUUAUGAGUUCAGCAGAACGACGAGUGUCUCAAAUGAUCGGCACAGUGCGCCACUCGGCAGCGGCUCGGGCCGCUACAACAACGACUCGGGCCGGUUCAACAACGACUCGGGCCGGUUCAACAACGACUCGGGCCGGUUCAACAACGACUCGGGCCGGUUCAACAACGACGCUAGCUUCCAGCGUUUCCCGCAAGAAACCCCCGGCUGCAGCGGUCGCGACGUUAGCUUCCAGCGUUUCCCCCAAGAGACGCCCGGCAGCGGUGGUCGCGACGUUAGCUUCCAGCGUUUCCCCCAAGAGACGCCCGGCAGCGGCGGUCGCGACGUUAGCGUCCAGCGUUUCCCCCAAGAGACCCCCGCCUGCGGCGAUCGACCGCCGCAGCAGUGGAACAACCGAAAUACUGCGGAGGAAGUUUGUUGUUGCCCGGCACACGAAGGACGUAUGUGUGCCACGCUGGCAGCCGCCUUACCAGGCCUGAUAGGUGGUGUCGGAGGACAAACCGGCCUCAUGAUGAAACCGUUCCUGCCUUUUCCUAUUGACAACACUGCUGCUCCACUUGCAAUGCCUCCCAUUUUCCCAAACUUCAACACGAUGGACCCGGUGCAGAAAGCGGUGAUCAAGCACACGUUUGGAGGCGUGGCCAAGGCGAGGCAGAGGAAGCAGCCAAUCAAGUGCAGCGUUUGCCAGCUCAGGUUCAACUCGAACUCGCAGGCCCAGGCUCACUACCGAGGCACCCGGCAUGCCAAGAAGCUGAAGAUGCAGCAGAAAAACGACAACAACAAGCUUUCAAUCAAGAAACGAGCAAAUGACACUGGCACCGUCCCUCCCACAGCACCGAGCACCAAUCGGAACACAGAAGUCGGCAGCCAGGCUAAACUGGGCUCCAAACCUAGCUCUGCCCCGGCCUCACCUCCUCUUCCUCAGGAGACUCCUCCCACUUCAGAGUGGGAGACAGAGCAGGCUAAGAAGCUGCUCUACUGUUCGCUCUGCAAAGUGUCCGUCAACUCGCUCAUGCAGCUCCACGCCCACAAUUCAGGCACCAAGCACAAGACCAUGUUGGACGCUCGUAGCAGUUCAGGUUCGAUUAAAGCGUUCCCGCGAGCUGGCGUGAAGGUGAAGUCCAGUCCCGGGGCUCCUGCCACUGCACCGUUAAAGGGUUCCGGGCUCCAGAACAAAACCUUCCAAUGUCAGACCUGCAAUGUCCACGUCAACUCUGAGAUUCAACUCAAGCAGCACAUCUCCAGCAGAAGGCACAAAGACCGUGUGGCAGGAAAGCCGACCAAGCCCAAAUUCAACAAAAGUCAACGCAUGGAGGUGACCAGGCCCCCACUGUCCGCCUCCUUCGUCCCAUCCUCAUCUUCCUUCCUCCGUCCUGCGCCUGGACCAAUCAGAGUGAGCCAGGGCUCUUCCAUGCUCUUUUCGCCCUACUGAAGCAAGAAAUCCUGGGAAAAAAACAGCAACAGGUUUGGAGGUUCUUCCUCUUCUGCCCGGAGCUUUCGCCAAGAGUGAUGUGUCCAGCUGUGAGGUCAUCAAGCUGUCGUCCAAUCAGCGUGCAGGACUUCCAGAACAAAACGUCCUCCUUCCUGCUCCUCCUGGAUUUAACAAACUCACAAACGCUGGCCACUAAUGUUGGCAUUGUUAGCUCACGCAAAACCUAGCCACUUGCAUUUUCACUAAUGUAAUGGUGUGCUUUUUUAUUCGACCUUUUGAACACGUGGCUAACCUUAGCGGUGAGACAAUACUAACUAGCUUCAGCAAUUGGCUUCCACUAAUACCACACAAUGGAGGUUUUGGCUGGCAGUGACAACACAGUUUGACGAAAACAACAUUUAAUUGAUUUGGGGUUUUUUUUAUAAACAAUUUUAUCUUCUUACUGUGUGGACCAGACGUUUAGAAGUUAGCGUUAGUAUCAUUAUGGAUUGAUUGGUUGAAUGUUUUGUGGUCGACGUGUAAAAUUGCGUCGUCCUGAACAACUUGAAAGUCGCUGAUAUUGGGCUGAAACCCAUGUCCAAAUUUGGUCUACAGUGGAUCUAUACAUGUUCAUGGUUCCUACUUGUUUUUUGGGGUUUUUUAGAAAAAAAAUCUUUCUGUUUUCCCACCUGAUUUUCGUGGAAAACGCUUAUUGGCGGUAGGUAUAUCCUCAGCGGUAGGAUUGUUGGGUUAAAAAAUACAAAUUAAAAAAGUCUCAAUGCAGUUAUAAUGAGCGGCAAUUAUUCGUAGAUUUUCACUAUUCACAGUCAGACCCUGUCCCUAUCACCUGUGAAUAGUGGGGGUCCACUGUAUUUCCUUUUUUUUUUUAAACAAAUCGAUGCUAUUGGUCAGUCCCCACGUAGUCUGUUAUUUUUAGAAAUGAUUGGUAAAACUAAAGUAUUGAAAAUGGCUUGCUCUCAUGUUGAUGACUUGGAUUUUUUUUUUGCCAUUUCCUGCAAAGUGAUGUCACUAUGUGCAGUCUUGAUGAUGAUGGCACCAGCAAAAGCAGCUCCUUCUCCACUUGUGAUGAUGUCAUCAAGAUGCAAUAAUGUCAAAAAUGCAAUAUUCACAGUUAGUUGUACUUGUGAAAUUUGUAAAUACUUUUUUCACAUUUGUUGUGCUUGUCUGUGGUUGAUUGCAUGUUUGACAAUGUCAUAGUUCGUCUACACCAGUGAUUCUCAGUGUGUACACGUGCUCCCUCUCCAUCCAUCCACCCAAUUCUUUCAGCUUAUCCAGAGUUGGGUUGUGGGGAAAGCAGCUUAAGCAGGGAAGCCCAAACUUCCCCCUCCCCAGCCACUUCGUCCAAUCCGGACCAAACUCUUGACACCGGCCGUACAGGGACCAAAAAGCCUGUAUUAAGGGGUCCGGUAUCCCAUCCUCCCAGAGCACCUCCACAGGAGCCCCUGGGGGACACAGUCCAACACCUCAAAGUCCACAACGCACAUGUAGACUGGUUGGGUGUACUCCCAUGCACCCUUGAGGACCCUGCUGACAGUGUAGAGCUUGUCCACUUUUACACAUCUUGGACGAAAACCACACUGCUCCUCCUGAAUCUGAGAUUCGACUUCCAGACCCUCCUCUCCAGCACCCCUGAAUAGACCUUACCAGGGAGGCUGAGGAGUGUGAUCCCCCUCUAGUUGGAACACACCCUCCCUUUCUUCUAAAGGGGGACCCACCACCCUGGUCUGCCAAUCCAGAGGCACUGUCCUCGAUGUCCAUGUGAUGUUGGAGAGGCCUCUCAGGCAGGACAGCCCCACAUCUAGAGCCUUUAGGAACUCUGGGUGGAUCUCAUCUGCCCUGCCAUCGAAGAGCUUUUUAACCACCUCAGUGACUUCAACCCCAGAGAUGGGAGAACUCUCCUCAGAGUCCCCAGACUCUGUUUUCCUCAUAGAAAAGCGUGUCGGUGGAAUUGAGAAGAACUUCGAAGUAUUCGGCCCACCGACUCACAACCUCCUGAGUUGACGUCAGCAGCACCCCGUCCCCACUACACGCAGUGUUGAAGGUGCACUGCUUCCCUCUCCUGGGACGCAUGGCUUCAUCGAACUCCUUCCACGCCCGAGUUUUUUCCCUAGUGACCACCGAAGCUGCAUUCAGCUUCGUAAGCCGGUACCCAUUAGCUGCCUCCGGAAUUCCACAGGUCAAAAAGGCCCGAUAGGACUCCUCCUCCAGCUUGACGGCAUCCAGUCAUCAUCAUAGAGGGUCUUUGAGCGUACGAGCGUUCUUUGCCCUGGUUGACCCGACCAAGGGCAUAAAGCCCCUGACAAAUUAGCUCCUUGGAUCAUUGGAACGCACAAACCCCUCCACCACGAUAAGCUGAUGACUUGAGGUAGUAUGCCAAAGAAUCACUUAUAUGAAUGUCCAUUGAAAAGAUGAAGUACAGUGGACCCCUGCUGUUUGCUGGGAAUUGGGAUAGCGGCUGACUGAAUUGCAAAAAUCUGCAAAUAAUUGACGGCCAUUAUAAUUGGAUUGGGGGAAAAAAAUAUUUUUACCCAAAAAAAUCUUAAGCGGGGAUGUAACACUAAUCACGCAAUUCUGUGCUCACCAUGGAUUGUCCAUAACGAACUGUUCAAGCAUAAGGGUGUCCACACGUGCACUUGGCACCAGGACACCCUUGGUCGCCGUUCGAUGAUCGACUUUGUGGUCGUAUCAUUGGGCUUGCGGCCGCAUGUCUUGGACACACUGGUGAAGAUCGGGGCGCAGCUGUCAACUGAUCACCCCCUGGUGGGGGAAGAUGCCGGUCCGACCUGGCAGGCCCAAAUGUAUUGUGAGCAUCUGCUGGGAACGUCUGGCAGAAUCCCCUGUCAGAAGGGGUUUCAACUCCCCACCUCUGGCAGAACUCCACUCACGUCUCAGGGGAGGCGGGGGACAUUGAGUCAGAGUGGACCAUUUUCCGCACCUGUAUUGCUCAUCCGGGAGGAGCUCAGAGUAGAGCCGCUGAUCCUCCGCAUUGAGCGCAGCCAGAUGAGGUGACUCCUCUCAAUGCGGAGGAUCCCCUCGGAAGAGCUGGAGGAAGUGGCUGGGGAGAGGGAAGUCUGCUUUCCUGCUAAAGCUACUGCACCAGCGAUGCGACGUAGGAUAAGCGGAAGAAAAUGGAUGGUAACACCAAUCAGUGUUUUUGGGGUUGACCCACCUGCCCCCGAAAAAAGAAAAAAAUUGGGGGGAAAAAGGUGAAUAUGCGGGGGUCCAUUGUACUUCCGUAUCACGUACAGUACAUUUUAAGUAGUUCAGUUUUACGUACAAUGCAUUUGUAUUUUAUGUUUAACUGUUUUUAAAAUGGUGGCACGGUGGGAGAAUCUGCCUCACAGUUCUGAGGGCCUGUGUUCAAAUCCAGCCUCACCUGUGUGGAGUUUGCAUGUUUUCCCUGUGCAUGUGUGGGUUUUCUUUUAGUACUCCGGUUUCCUCCCAGAUCCCAAAAAAACAUGCGUUGUAGGUUCAUUGAAGAAUCUAAAAUUGCCCAUAGGUGUGAAUGUGAGUGCAAAUGAUCGUUUUUUUCCAUGUGUUCUGUGAUUGGCUGGCGACCAGUUCAGGGUGUACCCCGCCCCCCGCCCAAAGACAGCUGUGAUAGGCUCCAGCACGCCCACGACCCAAGUGAGGAUAAAUGGUAUGGAAAAUGGAUGGAUGGUUGUUGUUUUUAAAAUAUAUAAGUACAACUUGUUUAACUUACAGUACGUGCAAUACGUUUUUAAUGGGAGCGUUCACGAAACGUCGUGACAUAAUUCUGGCCCAUGCGUAUCACAUUGAGUGGCAAAAGUCCCAUUCACUUCCAUAUAAUAUUGGCUUAGAAACCUUGUUCUCGUGGCUUUUAAUUGCAGUAUGCAAGUUUGGGCCAGCUGAUGCCAAGCAAAGCUUAUAUAUGUAUAUAUACAAAUAUGCCCCAAAGUGACCUGACUAAGAGGAUAUAUUUGAUCGGCAACUUUGAAUUUCGGUCUAGACAAAUGAUUUCAGGAAAGUCUACAGUACGUCUCUUGAUGCAAAAUGUUACUCAUUCAAUUGUUGAUUGAAAAAUGUUCAGACAGCAAAACGUACGUCUCCGUAUGUGAUUUGUAUUUGCAUAUUAUAAGGCUCAUUAUAAGGCUCCGCAGGGUGUCCGGGCUCUCCCUUAGAGAUAGGGUGAGAAGCUCGGUCAUCCGGGAGGAUCUCAGAGUAGAGCCGCUGCUCCUCCGCAUUGAGAGGAGCCAGAUGAGGUGACUGGGGCAUCUGAUUCGGAUGCCUCCCGGACGCCUCCCCGGUGAAGUGUUCCGGGCACGUCCCACCGGGAGGAGACCCCGGGGACGACCCAGGACACGCUGGAGAGACUACGUCCUUCGGCUGGCCUGGGAACGCCUCGGGAUCCCUCCGGAAGAGCUGGAUGAAGUGGCUGGGGAGAGGGAAGUCUGGGCGUCCCUGCUAAAGCUACUGCCCCCGCGACCCGACCCGGAUAAGCGGAGGAAAAUGGAUGGAUGGAUGGAUGGAAGGCUCAUGCAGUGCAUACGGAAAGUAUUCACAGCGUGUCAUUUCACAUUUUAUGUUCCAGCCUCAUUCCAUCAUGGAAUAUUUUGUUUUCUUUUUUUCCUUUUCCCAAAAUUCUACACACGACACCCCAUAAUGCCAAUGUGAACAAAUCUUUUUGGAAUUUUGUGCAAAUUUAUUACAAAUAAAAAGCUAAAAUCACAUGUACAUAAGUAUUCACAGGCUUUGUCAUGAAGCUUGAAAAAUUUAGCUCAGGUGCAUCAUGUUUCCACUGAUCAUCCUUGAGAGGU